AUGCCGGUUGCUGAAGCAGCUCUUUUCACCGGCUUUGCCCACUCGUUGUGGUCUUACAACCGGGAGAACUGGCAAUGGGACUGGCAAGUGCAACAAGCUUGCGAGUUCCAAAGGCAAAAUAUGGCCGUGAGCCGUUACAGCUUGUUUCGUGAGGACAUCCGGGACCUUGCAGCUCUCACCGUGAACAAGAUGGACAGCUAUCUCAUUGUGAAUACUCUGAAGCUUGGUUUCAUCGUCACCAUUUUCUUGAACUACGACCGAACUGAUGGUCCGCAACAUCCAGGAUACAUGGAACGGCAGGUGACGCUGUUGUUCUCAGUUUGUUUCUUGACCGCCUUCCUAUUCCUACUGAUAUCCAUUUGGCUCUCCAUGCACGCCUCUAUUGUGGCCCAAUCCUUCACCACCAAGAUGCUCCUCCAAGCGGCGCGGAUUCCGGUGGCCACAGAUCAGCAGAUUAGCUCGGCGGUGCCAGCAGCCAAGGCCUAUGAGACGAAUCUGGAUGAUGCUUUCCGAUUGCCCCUGCAGGGCACCAUGGGCACGACCUGGACUGGGAAGCGGCCAGGACCACUCGGACCACAGGCUGGGCCACAGGGAGCGCCUGGUCCCAGGGUGUCACCUGUGCCCUGGGCUCCUCCAAGUCCACCAAGUGAAGGGAGGGAUCCGCCCAGUUUUCCCAUCCGCUUGCCGGAACAGUCAGCGCAAGGUGCUACCAGUGAAGAGCUGGAUGCGAAUCCACACUUGAAAUUCUAUUCCUUCCUGAUGCGCAACUGGCAGACCUUUGAUUUGUACAGCAAAGUCUGCAUGUCGAUUGGGACUAGCACUUUACUGUCAGGGAUUGCAUAUUAUGCAACCUUCUUCAGCCGCAGCAGCAGUGAGGAACUGGAUCCCUUUGCUUCUGGCUGGUUUUGUUUCGGUUUCAUGUCUGUACUGGCAUGGUGGUCUGUGACCAUUGAUGUCGUACUCCAGCGGGUCGAGCAUGCCGCCUGGGCCAUUGUAUCAUUAUCUGGUCCCAUCACUGCCGCAGCUGGAAUCACCCUGAACCAGCAGAACCUCAUGAUCUUGGCCUCGUUUCUGCAAGGCUGUUGGGUUUGGUUUCUCUGUGGCUCCGCCUUGGCCUUGCGCAACGGAUUGCCGCGACGCUGGCGGGCCUCGUUGUACAUCGACAUUUUGAACCCCUUCGCCUCCAACAGCUGUGUAGCUGGGAGCUUGGCUCCAUCCAGAAACUUAUCCAGGGCACCUCCGCCUGCAGCUGCAGCUGCUGCCAGUCAACUGCUACAAUGCCUCGAGGCACUGCUGAAAGAACAUGUGGCAAGCCAAUUGGAAGAAGAAGUGUUGGAACAGGUCCGCGGGAGCAAAAAUCGCUUGCAAGAAGUCUUGGAACAGGUUGGAUGGACUGAUGUGUCUAGAUCCAGCUUGACGAAAGGGAGUGGAAAGGGUGUUUUCCGGACUCUCUCCGAAGGAUCUUCACCAAGACCAGGUGUGGCAGGUCCUCAUGACACUGGCUUUUGGCUUCUCCAACGAGAAGAAUCUGAUGCCUCAAGUCAUCGUAUUUGGGUCAGCUUGGAUCAAAAUUCCUCCCAUGCUUGUCUCUUCCUGCGGCGGCACAAAGGCUACGAGACAAGCGUGGGAGAACUGAUGGAGACAGCAGCAGUGCUACUGCGGGUCCUGAAACCCUCCAGAUUGUCGUCGUGGACCUCACGGGACGCCGGACGCUUGGCCGCCUAUGGGGGUUCACCUGAUGCUGCAGCCAGCCUCAAGGCCUUUGAAGCGCAGUUCAGGACCAAAGGUCAGGCCGCCAAAAGCAGCAUGGGCCAAUCAGCCCGUCGCUUUUUUCAGGCGAGUUCAGCAGUGGUGGGGGUGGCAUGGCUUCUGGCACCAAUUACCAGUGCAAUUAUCAACAGUCAGCCGAGUCACGCAAGUGAAACACAAGCAACCCCACCCAUACGUGGGAGGGAUUGCCUUCAAAUUGACAAACUGUUUGAUGUGAAGCUACCGCGAUCUUGGUUCGCUCCAACUUCCGCCAGUUGCAGUACUGAUGCAAAGAACAUCGCAGUGACGGACGGAAUCCGAGCUUUUGUGACCGGGCCCAACAUCUCUGAAAUGGUUCGCUGGCAAGAGCCCCAGUCUUUCUGCGAAGGAACUGCUGUAACAGCAGUAGCACUGUCCUCUAAAGGAGAAGUCUUUGUGGCCAGAGAAAAUGAUUGCCACCUUUGGCCAGCAGACACUGAGUGCAAACGCUCGCCAUUGGAUGCUCCACAGGCUCAGUUACAGUCAGCAGCACUGGAUGGUGCACAAGGCAUCGCCGUGUGGCGUGGGCGCAUCGUAAUGCUGGAGCCCUCUGGGCGGAGCUGGGCAAUGGCUGGGGCGCUGCCGAUGCCAAAGCUGGAUGCUUUGCCCACCUGGUCCUUUGGUGCAAUCCAUGAAGACGAGGCUUUGGCGAUGACAGACACCGGGGAGCUCUACCAUUUCAGCUUCUCACUGCGACAGUGGCGUGGGCCAUGGCGUCUUGGUGCUAAGCAAGGCAUCCAAGGCAUCCAAGGCAUCCAAGGCAUCCAAGGCGUGAGUUGGCAAGGAGCUUGCAGCAGCAGCUCUGGAGACUGGAUCCUGGUUGGAAUCACUGAGGCCAAUGCACAAGUCUGGCAGCUUUCUCGGAAGGCCCUGCAAGUUGCGGCGACGCAUGUUCAAAUAGAACAGGUGUGAUUUGCUUCCGCAAGGUACAUUUCAGAUCAAUGUUGCAAGAAGCAGCAUUGCGAAUUACCUUUGCACUGC